AUGUGCUGGGGAGCGGCGGCGGCGGAGGAGGGUGGAGGUGGAGGUGGAAGUGGGAGUGGGAGGGGAAGUGGUAGCAGUGGUGGUUUCAACACACAGAGCAACUCUGCCUCGGUGGAGACGCUAGGCAGGCGAACGCCCUCGACAGCGGCCCAUGGCCCGCUUACAGCUGGCCGUUCACCACCACCUGGCACAUCAGACGAAUGGCCGUCGGCGGUGGGGGGCUGGGCUCCAGGGAUCAACUGCAGCUUUAAGCGCCCGCCGACAGGCUGCGCCCUCUUCCUGAGUGCCAGUGCCAGGAAACACGACGCUGGAUCCCAUACAGUCGAUCCGGCUCACCGGCCUGGCGGGCGAACGCCUGCGGCUUGUUGCAGUUCUGGGCUUGUGGGACAAGUCGGCUUACUCUUCCAUCGUGUAGCAAUCCUUUCCGUCGCCAUCAUCAUCGCCAUCAUCAUGAUUACCCCCACCACCACUACCACCACCACCAUCAGCAUCCCCAUAUCGGCGAACGUUGCUGCAGACAGCUAG